AUGAUUGUCAAUUAUAAAAAUAAAGAGAAAGUUUACAACGAUAUUACUAAGUCUACUUGGUAUGCUAAAAAUAAAGAAAAUUUAAAUAAGACAAAAUAUUUGGAAAUUGAUUCUUUUUCUGUUAUAAUUGAUUGGAUAAAUAGUCUUUUAAUAAGUAAGAAUAUAUUAAAUGCUUAUAAUAUAUAUGAAGAAAUAAAAGAUGGAGUAAUUAUUUUAAAGUUAAUAAAAAUAUAUAAGCCUGAAAUAGAACUUCGUGGGAUAUUUCUUAAAGCUAUUAAAAAAAAAUGUGCUAUAAAAAAUUUGGAAAAAGCAUUAUCAAUUAUAUAUAUGAAUAAUCCAUAUUAUUAUUCCCUAGUUUCAUCUAGAGAUAUUUAUGAAAAAAAAAAGAAAAAAGUAAAUAUUUUAUUAAUACAAUUAUUUGAUAAAUUUGAAUUUCAAAAUUUAAAAAAUAUAUCAACACCUUUACUUAAUUGGUAUAAUUAUACUCUUAUAAAAAUGAAACUACCACUUUAUUCUAAAACAAUAAAUAAUCCUUUUCAUAUUAUAAACAAUAAACCAAUAAAUUGUUGCGAUGGAAAAGGUUUUGGAAGUGGCAUACAAAAAGACAACAUCGAAAAGGAAAUUAUAGUAGGUGGGAAUAUGAAAAAAAAUAUGUCUUAUAAUUUUAUAAAAAAAUGUAAAAUAAAAAAUAAAUCAAAUGCUCUAACAAAUUUUAUUACAUAUAUAUUAUAUAAGGACAAAGAAGAAUGUCAAAAUGAUAUAUCUUAUAUUGUCAAAGAUUUUUCAGAUUGUAUAAAAAUAUUUUUCAUAUUAUAUAGAUAUGGUUAUAUUUGUAUUGAAGAAUUACAAAUAGUAACAAAAUCAAACAAGAGAAAUAAUUUCUUUUUUUUACAUGAGUUGCUCAGAAAGUUAAACAUACCAAUUGUUUUAAAAAAUCAAUAUUUAAAUAAUCCAUCUGAAGUUGCAAUUCUUUUGCAAUUAAAAUAUAUACAAUGUUUUAUCCAUAAUAAUGGUUAUUCAAAAGCUAUUGAUUUAAAAAAAUAUUAUUUUCCUUUUGUGGGGUUGGAUAAGAAGUGUGCUAAUACUACUACCAAGUGUAGUGACAAUGGGUCAUUAAAUGGGUAUACUAAACAUAAUUAUAAUCGAACUUGCGAGCAAAAGGAUAAUCAAUUUUUAAAUGCAAAACUACACGUGCAUGAUGAAAAAGAAAUAAAUGAUAAUAAGAUAGAAUAUAGCACCGAUGACAAAAAUAAUGUAUAUGAAAAAGUAGAAUACAAAACUUGCAAAGACAUCCCUAAUUUAGAAGCAGAUAAAAUGGAUAAAAAUUAUAAUAGUAAAGAUUGGGAUGGAAAAAGAGAGGAAAUAAACCAAGUUAAUUGCUAUAAUUUAUUAAAUAAUAAAAUUUUUAAUUCAUCUGUCAAAAUAUGUCAAAGUAAAGAACGAACAUAUCCCCUUCAAGGUAAAAAAGAAAAAAAAAUUUAUGCACACCAAAAUGAAAAGGACAAUCAUAUUUCAAUAAAUAAAUAUUUAGAAAAGGACCUGCUCACAAUUACUCCAAUAAAAAUGUUAAGAAAAAUGUUUCAUCAGGAGAUUAAAGAAAAUAUGAAUAUUCAUAAGGCAGACAUAAUGAAAAUUUAA